ACUUUCAAUCAAAAAAAACAAAAUAGAGAUUCUCUGCUAAAUUCUUGACAUUAUUUUGAAUUGAUUAUGAGUGAUGAAUGAAUGAAUAACAACAAUAACAAUCAAUUUCCCAAUCAAUCAAUCGUUUUUGAAACAAAAAUAAACAAAAAAUGAUGAUGAUGAUGAAUAGAAAUAUCACCAACAACAACACGUGUCAAUUACAAUCACAACAACAACAAAAAUCCCAACAACAACAACAAAUGAUUGUUGAUCGAACAAAAAAUCCGAUUAAAAAUACCACCAUUCAUAUGAUGAAUGGUAAUGAAAUUUAUUCAAAUUAUACGGUAAAACAACAGCAACAGCCAUCGCAAACAACAACAACAUCAUCUGGUAGCGAAACAGAUAUAUCAACAUCGACGGAAAAUUUAUCUGCUGAAGAACAUUAUGUACUGAAAACAACAAUUCGACAAGAACCACAAGGUGAAGAAACAUUUUCCGAUAUUGAUUAUCAUUCACAAUCCAAAUCACAAUCAUCAACAUUAACUAAUAAUACAUUGAUUAUACAUGGAAAUAAUUCAUUAAAUCAAUCGAUCAAUUCUUAUUUAUUGCCAUAUUUUUAUGAUCAACAAUCAACAACAACACCAACAUCGACAACCGCAACAAAUGAUUAUCAUUCGAUUCUUAAUCAAUCAAUCAAUUUUAUCGACAAUCAAAAUCAAUUAUUAAGUUUAAACAUCAAUAAUGAUAACGAUAACCCAUAUUCGAAUAUUAAUUUAUUAAAAUUUAAUAAUAAUGUUAACUAUCUUAAUUCAUCACCUGAUUAUCAACAAACAACAACAACAACAGCAUCAUCGACUGCAACUAAAACAACAUCCAUCAAUUCUAUUGCUGCAUGUAAUCCACAGCUAUUUAUCAAUAGUAAUAAUAAUAAUGAUUCUGUGAUAAAAUUUCAGUCAUCAUCACAAACAACAACAACAAAUGAUAAUAUGAUGAACCCGAACAACAAUCAAUCAGCUGCUGCUGCAAUUAAUCUUCAACAACCAAUGCUAAAUGAUUACCUUAAUUCACUGAAAAAAGAUGAUUCCUUAAUGUUUAAAAAUUUUAAUCUGGAUAAUCUUGUUGUUGAUAAUAAUAAUCUACCUCUUUCAUCCGUAUCCGCAUCAUCUGCAUUGAUACCGAAUUCAAAUAUUCAACAUCAAUAUGAAAAAUCUUGUAAUCUGGCGACAACAACCGCAAACGCAACACCAUUUCAUCAUCAAAUGAAUGAUGGAGUUGGUCAAAAAUCACUGGAAAGAUUUUCAAUAUCACGUUCACAUCCAGAUUUAUCAAAAUUUUCCGAUGAGGAUUUGAUUCAAACACCAGCAUCUGCUGCUUUGAUUGUUAAUAAUAAUCGUAAUAAUCAUACCGGUUCAUUUCAUCAUCAAAUCAAUUUGAAUAAAUCAAAUCAUUAUCAUCAACAACAACAACAUCAUCAUACCAUUGAUUUAUUAUUGCUGGAAAAUACACAAUUACGAAAUGAAUUAGAUUCAUGCUACAAAAAGAUACAAAAAUUUCAAAAAGUAGAAUCAGAAAUACAAAAAAUCUAUCGGUCAUAUGAUGAAUUGAUGCAAAGUUCGGAAAAAAAGGAAAAAUUUGAACGUGAAGCUAGAUAUAAAUUGGAGAUUGAAGUGAAAAAAUUACAAAAACAAAAUAAAUCUCUUCAAGAACGGUUGGAUUCGAAUGGCACGAAAAAAUCGAACUAUGAAGAAUCUGAUUUUGAAAAAGAACUGAAUAAAAGAGGAACAUUAAUUUCUUAUCUGUUGAUGAAAAAUAAAGAAUUGAUUAAUUAUAAAGAAAGACAAGAAAUUGAAUUAGAAGCACAACGAUUGACAUUACAAGAACAACGAAAUCAUAUUGAAAUAUUAGAUACGGCAUUGAUUAAUGCGCAAAAUAAUAUUAUGACCCUUGAGAAUGAAUUACGUGCCAAACAAGGAUGGGAAGAGAAAACAUUAUUCCUUGAAAAAGCUUUAUCCAAUUUACAAUCAACCAAUGAAAGACGGCUGCAAAUGGAAAAACGCAUACGUACUUAUCUGGAAAAAGAAUUGGAAAAAUAUAAAAAUAUACAUACUAAUAAUCAGAAUGGUAAUGAUGGAUCGACAACAACCAACAAUCAACAACAGCAACAAUCUUCAACGACAACAGCAAAUUCAAUCGAUGAAAUAGAUACAUUGAAGGCAUCGAUCGUUAAUUAUGAAAAAAAGAUUAUCGAUCUUGAAGCUGAAGUUUCGAAAUGGGAACAAAAAUAUCUUGAAGAAAAUACAUUAAGAUCGAUUGAAGUUAGUGCAGCUUCAGCACCAAAAGAUGCGAAAAUUGCCGCAUUGGAACGUACAUCGCAUGAAAGUGAAAAAUUGAUUGCCGAAGCACGUAAUGAACGUUUAAAACAUAUGGAUGAGAUACAUAUUGCCAAUAGAAAAUGUGCUGAACUUGAAAGUCAAUUGAAAGAUUUAAAUUUUAAACUGGCCGAAAAAGAAACAAUCAUUAAUGUUUUGCAAAAACAUUCGGAUGAUAGAGAUGCUGUAUUACAGAAAACAUUACGUUUUACGCAAAAUGUAACUUCGGCACGACAUUCAAAAUCGGCCAGUACAAUGGGUUUAGUUGUUGGUAAUGCAGGUAAUACCAAUAAUCAUAAUAAUGGAUCAAAUUCGGUAAAUAACAACAAUAAUAAUGCUACAAGAUCAGCAACAAAUUCAGCCACAAUUAAUUUGGAUGAACAAAUUAAAGAAAUUGAAUCAUCACAAUUAUCAAAUAAAGAUUCAAUUAUCAAUGCUUUACGCAAUGAAAAGGAAAGAUAUCCAAAUCACUAUAAUAAUUGGAGAUUAUGAAUUUUUGUAUUUAGAAAUUUUUUUGUUUGUUUUGUUUUGCAAUAAUUUAAAAUAUCUAAACUAUGUAUGUAUGUAAACCAGAAUCAUUGAACU